UGUGGAGGAUCUGAAAGGGGCCGCCCUGUACAGCCGCCUCAAGGAGUACCUGCUCAUGGAGGGCCAGCUCAAGGAGAAUAGCUACCCCUUCCCACACCCCAAGAAGCCUGGUGGCGCCGUCAUCUUCACAGCCGAGGAGAAGAAACCCAAGGACUCCUCCUGCAGGAUCUGCUGCCGCUGCGGUGCCGAGUACCUCCUGUCCUCCUCUGGCCGCUGCGUGCGUGAGGAGGAGUGUUAUUACCACUGGGGUCGUCUCCGCCAGAACCGAGUGGCCGGUGGCUGGGAGACUCAGUACACGUGCUGCUCAGCUGCCAUAGGCUCUACGGGCUGUCAGGUCGCCAAGCAACAUGUGCAGGAUGGCCGGAAGGAAAACUUGGAAGGGUUCGUGAAGACUUUUGAGAAAGAGCUUUCAGGAGAUGCGCAUCCAGGAGUCUACGCCCUCGACUGUGAGAUGUCCUACACCACAUACGGCCUGGAGCUGACGUGCAUCACAGUGGUGGACACGGACCUCCAGGUUGUGUAUGACACCUUUGUCAGGCCAGACAACGAGAUUGUCGACUAUAACACUAGGUUUUCAGGAGUGACCGAGGCUGACCUAGCAGACACGAGCAUCUCGCUCCGGGAUGUCCAGGCCGUGUUGCUUAACAUGUUCAGCUCAGACACCGUCCUCAUCGGUCACAAUCUGGAGAGCGACCUGCUGGCCUUGAAGGUCAUCCAUAGCACAGUGGUGGACACGUCUGUGUUAUUCCCACAUUGCCUGGGCCUCCCCUACAAGCGCUCCCUGCGGAAUCUCAUGGCCGACUACCUCAGACAGAUCAUCCAGGGCAAUGUGGACGGGCACAGCUCCAGCGAGGAUGCCAGUGCCUGCAUGCACCUGGUGAUCUGGAAGAUCUGAGAAGACGCCAAGACCAAGCGGUGACCGCCGCCUGCCCGCCCGCUCACCUCUCCCACAGCCCCCACCCGUCCUCUAC